AUGGCCACCAGAGGAGAUAGAUCGAAGCCGGCGAAGUUUCAAGCGAAACCGGGUGUUUCUCCUUUUUUUUUCGGCGAAAUCACGGCGGCUAGAGGUGGGGCCUGGCUGGGGUUGGAAGAGGAUGGCGGCCCGGUCAUUUUGGUACCGACCUCGUCAACUUUGGUGGCUGGACGAGAGCACGGCCGGCCAAAACGUGGCCAGCUGUUACAACCGUCGCAAGAAAGGAGGGAGAGGGGGAGAAAGAGAGAAAAAAAAUCAGAUUUUAUCAAACCCUUUUCGCCAAAUUACGGUUAUGCCACUAAAGGUAUUUUGAUCGUAUCUCUUUCAUUACAACUCCGAUUCGAGCUCACUACAUGUCUACGGACUCAUCUGGCCCCGCUCUAUGCAAAGGACCGGGUUACAUUUUACGACAAGGCCUUUUAUGGCAUGCAGCAACACGCCGUGAAUUGUCAUUUACGGCACACAUCACACGCCGUAAAUACCUAG